GAAGGCUCUGCCUCAGCAGCAGUAACAGCAGCACCUUCAACGCAUCGCCGCCGGGCACCGAGGAGGUAGGUCUCCAAGGGGGCCUCUGAGCAUGUGCAGAGUGCUUCCACUGCUCCAGGUGCCUUCUGCACGGGCAUGCAGGAGUCGGGCAAGGCUGCCGAGAUCCGUGCCGGUGACUGGCUGACCAGCGCUGCUGCCCGGGGAGAAACCAGCGAGGUGCGCCGACUCCUCCAUCACGAACUGGUCCAUCCUGAUGCCCACAAUCGCUUUGGGAAGACGGCCCUGCAGGUAAUGAUGUUUGGCAACGUUUUCGUGGCAGAGGAGCUUCUGAAGCAAGGCGCCAACCCCAAUGUUCAAGACGAGUCAAGCACGGCGCCUGCCCACGACGCGGCCCGCACAGGCUUCAUUGAUACCUUGAAAAUCUUGGUGGAGCACGGCGCUGAUGUCAAUGUCCCGGAUGCUUCUGGCUCGCUCCCCAUCCAUAUUGCCAUACGGGAAGGUCACACCAACGUGGUGCGCUUCCUGGCACCUCUGUCCAACCUGCGACACUGGGACUCAGCAGGGCGGACGCCACUGGAGCUGGCACAGCAGCUGGGCCUCUCGCAGAUCCAGGGCAUCCUUGAGCAACACCUCUCUGUCCCAGCUUAACAUGAGAACAUGUUGGGGGGCAGGAUCAACACUGAACAAGCUUUGUUUAGUCCCCUUUUCCUCUUCCCCCCUCCAAUGAGGACUCUCUCCCCUUUCCUUCCCUGGGCCUUGGAACAAAUAGGCAGCUCCUCCUGCCCUACCUCAGUGUGUGUGUUCAUAUACCUUUGAUGUUGUUUUUAUUUAUGUGCCAGUUUUUUUCUUUUUGAUUUCUUCAUUUCUUCCAAAUCCAUCCAGUUUCCUCGGAUCCAGGUGAGCUUGAAGUGGAGUGCUUCCAUUGGAUCCAUCCUAUGCUUGGCCCAGAAGAGGGGAUUGAACCAGAUUAUUUUGGGAAUGUGACAUUUCUGGACUAAAACUCCCAGAAUCCUCCAGCCAGUGUGGCUACUAACCUUGCUGGCUAGAGGUUUCUGAGAACUGAAGUCCAAAAAAUGCAGCUUUCCUUAGUUCCACUGGAGCAGUGGUUCCCAAGCUUUGAUCCUCUAGGUGUUUUGGACUUCUCUCCCUAACCACCUUGGCCAACAUUCAGGGAUUCUGGGAGCUGAAGUUCAAAACAUCUGGAGGACCAAAGUUUGGGAAUCACUGCACUGGAGUAUGUCUUAACCAUCUCUUACUACUCCAUGCCUUGGGAAGGUCCCCGGAUCUCCUGAUCUCAUGGUCAGGAGGGAUGUAUUUUCUUUCUUAUGCAAAGACUGUCCAUUGCUAUGCUCUUCUCCACCUCUUGUACAGAACAUCUCAGCCUUAUGGGGAAACACCUGGUGGUUUACCUUUGAGGCUAUGUCUGUGCACCAUUGUUCCAUUUGACUUUUCUUGUGAAGAGUUAUAUUGCUAAUUCUUUGGUGUGUUGCACAUAUUACCUUGUGCGCUGGGAAGGAAUGGCAAAGACAAGAUGUGUAUGUUUAUUAGUACAGUAACAGCAAGACUGAUGGAGGUAUUACAGGGCAGAAAGCUACUGAUGCAUAGGUCCAAAACACACUGCAUAAAUAACCCAAUUUGAGAUUGCUUUCAUUGCCCUGGUUCAAUGCUAGGGAGUUCUGGGAACUGUUGUUUUGUGAAACAUUUAGCCCUUCUCUGUCAAAGAGCUCUGGUGUCAUAAUAAACUACACUUCCCAGGAUUCCAUAGCACUGAGCCAAAGCAGUUAAAGAGGUCUCAAAAUGGAUUAUUUUGGACCAUAGAAGAUUUUGCCAUGAUCUAUUCCUGUCGCUGUGGACAGGACCUUUAGCUUUGUGUCGCUUUCAGAUAUCUCUAAAAUCUAACUACACUGGAUUCUCCUCCUAUUAUGUCCCUCACCAACCUUACGAUCUCUCCCUCAUUUUGUAAGAUCUCAGGGAGAUCUCAUUGUUAAGCCAUUAGUAGUUACUUUCACCUUGGUCUUUUGGUAGCUAUCCCUGAUCUUCACACAUAUAUUGAAAAUGUGCUGAAUCUGUUAUCUUUGACUAAAAUGUUUGAGGCUUGUUGUGGCAGCUUGUUCCCUGUAAUGAAUUUGUGGAUCUGAGCUGUGUAUAUAUAAGAUUUUAAAGGCGGGGAAAUUUAUUCUAUUUAUUGUGAUUUGCAAGGGUUUGUUUUAUGGAAUGAUUAAUUUAAUUAUUAAAAAGCAUUAAAUCU